CUGAGCGUGGGCCUCGACCCGAACUGGAAGCACCUGAUCCCUCCCCGCCAGAGGACCGUGCUUUCGGAGGGCCACUGCGUCGCCGAGUGCACGCAGGAGGCGCUUCCUAGGACAGGCAUCAACGUCUUCGCGGUGAUCCUCCACACGCACCUCCUCGGCCGCAAAGUCCGCGUGAGGCACCUUCGAGACGGCCACGAGCUCGAACCCAUCGCCCAGGACAACAACUACGACUUCAACUACCAGGAAUACCGCGCCCUCAACACGCCCAGGACGGUCUUGCCGGGCGACCACCUGAUCGGCGAGUGCACCUACAACAGCCGCGAGCGCUCCACCAUCACCCUCGGGGGCUUCAAGACGCGCGACGAGAUGUGUCUGUCGUUCCUGUUCUACUGGCCGCGGGUCGACCUGUCGCUGUGCCACUCCAAGCCGUCGCUCAACACCGUGCUGCACUCGCUCGGCAUACAGGAGCUGUCGGCCGACUCCGACCCGAUCAGGAUCCGGCGGCCGAUCGAGCUGGCGGGGAAGAAGCUGGAGUGGCGGCUCCUCAACUACGACUGGAAGAACCAGUUCGAGUACUUCCAGGCCGUCACGCACACCGGCACCAUCAACCCCAUGUGCUGGAGGCGAGGCGAGUCGCUGCUUCCGGAGCUGGAGAAGAUGGACUACGACUACCCGAACAUCACGGAGCCGUGGGCGCCCGAGAACGUGUGUCGUCAGCUGAGAAGGAUCUCGCGGCGCCGCAAGAACAAGGGAGGGCGAAGGAGGAACCACCACCCCACGCCCACGGGAGAGACGGAAGAGGAGCUGGAGGAGGAGGAGGUCAUGUUCGACGACCAGAGGAACUCCCGGCCGAUCGAGAGCAUCGACGUCGACCCCUACAACCACAGGGACUUCGACAUCCCGCACAUCGAGGACCGCAUUGAGAACGACCACUUCGAGGGCUUCGGCGCCGAGGACACGGGCACCGCGGACCAAGAGCUCACGGAGGAGCUGCUCGACAUGGAGAGGGAGCUCGGGAAGGAGCUGGCCAAUAAGGCGCAGGACCACUUCCAGGAGCAGACGGCGCGCCCGGCCAGCGGAUGCCAGGGGCGCGGCGCGUCGUGGUGGGCGCUUGUGGCCGCGCUGUGCCUGCUGCGCCUCCACCGCCUCUACGACGGCCACGGCUGAGGCGCCGGCGAGAGGAACUGCGGAGAGGGACGUCGGCGAGGCAAAAGUUCCCAUAGUAUUCGUAUUUAAGAAUGAAUAAAUCGCGCUGUGAAACCCGUUGUUUUAGGAAGGAGAAUAGGAUACAUACUCGGUUAAGCAUCUCCCCUUCACUCUCGUAGUGAGGAGUGAAUAGCAUUUAUUUUCUGCUGUGGAAAAGACAGCUGACCCGACCGAGGGGCGCAUGAAGGCCCCUGGCUAGUGUUGUGUAUUCUGUGUGGUGCGGCCGCGGCGAAGGGCCUGCCGCCUUGUCAGGGCGCGAAGGACCCUUCCGCGCUGGACACUCCCUCGUGCUUGUGAUUCCUUCGCGAAGAGGUUGUGUGGUUCCUUCAAGCUAGGAUCUUAAAUAUAUAUAUUCCUCCAAACAUAUAUAUAUUUCCUCCUGGGACAAGGGACUCCUGAGACGUGCCAGGAGACAGAGUUCGACGGGAGGCGAGGCCCGCGAGGACCUCCCGUCGCCGCGGCUUCCCCCGCGUCCUGGCGGCGGGCGGCGCGGGCGGGGCGCGGGCGGGGCGCGGGCCGGCCGCCUCGGGCAACCCCACUAAACCUCAGUAGUAGCUCUUGGUCUGCUAUAUUACAGUGCCUGAUUUUGUAUAUUUCGCUUUUGUGUGUUUUGAGGGACAUUUUAUCCGAUGAGGACUCUGUAUGAAAGAAAUAUGAAUCAUCGUUGUGGAGUUUAUAUGCGAUUUUUUUUGUGUAAAAUAAUAGAUGAAUAUAUAUAUACAUAUAUCAUUUUUAAGAAGUGGUUUUUAGUGAAAAUAAAUAUUUAUGAGUUGAAUAUAUGAUUGGAUACAGUGAUUCGACGAUUUUUUAUGUCUCGGUGAUGUGCAUUUCACCUUUUGAUUGUUGUUCCUUCACAAACACAUUAUAUAUAUAUUGCAUGGUGACAGUUUCUAGUGAACGCUUUGAAUUUGUGGACAAAAAAAGAUAAUUUAGCAAAAAUCAUCUGUUGUGAAUUGCAUAAUAUUAUUGUCAUCUCUGGAAUGGAAAACAUUGAGUGUAUUUCUUUUUCGUUUUUGAUGCAUGUAUUGCAUGCAAGGCGAGGCAAAAUCUCUUAAGCUCUUUGGAGAGAACCGAUAGACCUUCAGAUGUAUUACAGAAAAUGAUGGUCACUAAAAUUUCUGUUGAUUAUAUUUUUAUUACCAAUGCCAGGAAAAAAUAAUGAAAGGCUAAAAAAAAUAUAUAUAUAGUAGCAUCUGUAACGUGAUGCUGUCUUUGUUUGCAUAGACUUUUCAUACCAUUCUCUGAAACACUAAUCAAGAACGUUGCUUUUGAAAUGUGUGAGGUUUGAAUACUAUAGACACUUAACCCUUCAUUGCCAUGUUCCACGAAUGCAUAAUAUAUUUACUAAUGAAACUUUUUUUUUUUCUUCAAUGGAAAUCUAUGCUCGUAUUGCAACUAAUUGUAAAUACCAUAUAUAGUUCUUUCAAGCAGAUUGUAAAGUAAAAAAAAAAUGAUAAUAUAACAGGGUAUGAUACUUACGACAUGCAGUAAAAAAAUUAAGAUGAAAAAAAACAUAUAUAUAUAGGCCUGGCAAUGUCAAGUGUAGAAGAAAGAGGUUUCUCUCUAUAGAUCAUUUCCUGAGUUGUCAAUGAAUCUGAUGUUGCAUGCCGAUUCUUUACAAAAGAGAGGGUGCAACUCUGCAAUAUGCACUCGAGACCGUGCAAAGACUGGGACAUAAUUCUCAAGAGAGGUGAAAGGACAAACUAUGGUGGCAUGACUAUAGUUGAAACCCUUAUUAAAAAAAAAAAAAGGUAUGAAAGGGUGUUAGACUAGCAUAAUUAAGUGUUUAUGAACAACCUUACUCUCCCUGUCGGCGGGACUAUGUGCCUGAAACCCUUGUAAUAAUAACAUAAAUUUGAGCUUCCAAGAAUAAGCAAACUGUAUAUUGAAAAAUUGAAAUUAGAGGAAAUAAAACAAAAAAAAAAAAUCAUUAACAUGCCUCUUCAUCUUCAAAAAAAAUCAUAGAAUCUCCCCCCUCCCCCCCCCCUCCUCUUCCUCCUCUCCCGUUGACCUCCCCCACCCCACCCAGGCACCCCCCCCCCCACCCUGGUAGCUUGACAACAGCCUCCCCCCCUCCCCCCCGUCCCUUCCUCCCCCCCUGCGUAAUCACAUCCUCAACUGCGCUAUUGUGAUAGAAGAUUUUUUGUAGGAUACUUGACCAAAACACAGUGUGUAGGGGAAGUGUUAGUGAGCAAAUUACGUUCGUAGCGAAUAAAACCACAGAAAAGGGGUGGAAAGAAGAGAGAGAGAGAGAGGGGGGGGGGUGAAGGAGGGGGGGAUUGGAAAAAAGAAAAGAAAAACGACAUCAAGACCAAACCGAUUCCUCAGGCGUGCCGCUCCGGUGGGUGGGUCUCCUUUCUCUGCCUCGCUUCUCUCGGCGUCGAAGCCUUCAGAGGCGGGAGGAAGCGAGUUGCGUGAAGCGAGAAAGUGUCUUAAAACUUUCCCCUAAACAACUUUUCCCCUCCUUUUCCUCCUCCUAGCUCCCUCCCUCCCCUUCCCCCUCCCCCCAACCCCCACCCACCCCUCCUCUCUUGCUAAAAGAUGGGCGGUUGUGGGGCGCGACUUAAGAAGUUGACAUUUAUAUCUGGAAUCCGCUGUUGCCGACUCUUGUCUCGGAAAAUGCACGAGAUGUUGCAAGAGGAAGUGUUCGGCUCCGCGUCUGUUGCUGCGCAGCUUCAGAGCUCGGCAUCAGAGAGCUCGGCUUCAGAGAACUCGGCUGGUCGAUGUGACUGUGUAAAUGUUCAGCAGUAGAAAGACGCCAUGUAGAUGUGGACGGCUACAUAGUGCGACGUGUGUACCGAUCUUUUUGCAGCCAUAUAUAUAAAUCUGUGAAGUUUAUAUACACCGGGCAUAUGUGAAGUUUAUAUAUAUAUACCAGGAUACACGUCGAGACCUAUAUUUAUUGACCUGGUUGCAGGUGAGUUGAUAGCUGUGUGAAUUUGUGUUUUUCAUUUUGUACACAGGAAUUUGCUUGAUUCUCUUCGCUACGAGUCUCGCUGCCUCUGUCACCUCGUCGCGUGACACCGAUUGUGAAUGCGCCAGCCCACGUGUUCCUGGCGCCUAUAAUCAACUUUUCUGCACGGUGGUCUAACAAAUGUAAACAAAGCAAAAAAUGGAUAAAAAAAUAAAUGAAUGAUGAUGAUAAUAAUAAUAAUAUAAUAAUAAUAAUAAUAAUAAUGAUUAUUCAGUGUAAUAACUAACGUGACAUCUGCCUUCAUGAGUGUAGAUUUAUUUUCUUACGACAUUGUGCGCUGUUCUUAGGUGUUCAUUCGUUCAUUUACCUCUGUAAGUGUUCUGGUAAAGUUCGCCGAGCAAGUGUGUCUUUCUGGCCGGUCGUUUCUCUACACUUCGCGCUCUUGCCAGUUUGUUUCGUAAAUGUUGUUGCCGCCAGAGUCCACCCGCGCGCCGAGUCCGUGAUCCCCAGGGCAGUGGGUGGCCGUUAUUUAUCGUUAUUGUUGUUCUUACUUAUUGUUUUGUUGUUGUUGUUUUUUUUUAUUCCGUGUGUGCGUUUAUUUUAUUUAUUUGUAUUUGUUUCUUUUGUUUGAGUACCGCGUGUCUUCGGUAAUUAUUUGAUGAAAGAGAUGGGAAAAAUACGGUAGCGCACACGGUCUGUAUCGUUCCUUGCCUCGUCCUCCCGUCUGCUCUUGGGAUACUGACUCGGAUGGCACUCGUGCUGAAUGCUGUUAGUCGUUGGCUCUUGGAGAAGUCGUUUGCGAGGGUCAUCUUCCAUUUCUGCUGUUCCUUCAUAGCUCUUGUCCUUUCCUUUUCCAUCUCCUCCUCCUCCCCCUUCUUUUUCUUCUCCUCCUCAUCUUCUUCCUCCUCCUCUUACUCCUUCUUCUUCUCCUCCUCCUCCUCCUCCACC